AUGUCUGCUGAAGAGAAAGGCACAAGCCACGCCAAGCUGGGACCUGCACCAACACGCCUCCGGCAGAUUGCACUAGCUGCAAAGGAUCUCGACAACACCAGGCAGCUGCUUACAUAUGUCCUGGGCAUAGGCUUUGCAUUCGAGGAUGAUGCCGUGGAGCAGUGGGGAUUGAAGAAUUUCAUGGUUCCGCUAGGCGGCGACUUUAUCGAGGUUGUCUCGCCGGUCAAGGAGCGUACGACGGUUGGCAGGCUGCUCGACAAGCGCGGGGAUGGAGGGUUCAUGAUUGUCAUGCAGACCGGGGAUGCAAAGAAGCGGCGCGAGUACAUCACUGCGAACAAGUUGGCUAGCGUCAUUGUCGAGCACGAGUACAGAGAUGCGGUAUGCAUCCAGUAUCAUCCAAAGGGGAUCAAAGGCGGCUUGAUGCCUGAACUCGACUCGCACACACCUGGGCCAGCGAAUCCAAACCCCAUAGGAACCCGCUUCUCCCCAUGGCAUGCCUGUGGACCAGCCAGUGAGAGUUACAUGCGCGGCAUGGAACAGACGGGCCACUUGGCACUAGAGGGCUGUGUACUGCGGCUCGAGCCUGGUGACGUCGACCGUGAGGGCGCGGCGCAACAGUGGGAAGAAAUAUUUGGCGUGUCACGAAGUGGCGACACGGUGGCUUUUACCAACGCCCGCCUGGCUUUCAUCUCGGGCCAGGACGGGCUUCCAGAAGGACUCGUAUCCAUCACCGUGGGCGUCAAGGGCAAGGAUAACCAUAACGCGAUACUCGAAAGAGCUCAGACGGCAGGCAUCUGGAGCGAGGGCUGCGCUGAAAUGUGCGGAAUCAAGUGGUACUUCACCCUAACAGGCCAUAGCGACGACCGGGGGAAGCUGUAA